AUGGGCCCCUGUACCGCCUCCUCAUGCUGCUGCCAGGCCCGUAAUCUGCCAUGGGCCCCCGUACCGACUCCUCAUGCUGCUGCCAGGCCCGUAAUCUGUCAUGGGCCCCUGUACCGCCUCCUCAUGCUGCUGCCAGGUCCAGAGUGUGUCAUGGGUCCCUGUACGGCCUCCCAUUGCUGCUGUCUCCAUCGCCACACUCUGCCAUGUGCCACUUUCAGGUCUCCUCACACUGCUGGUGGGUUCCAUUUUGUCAUAGAGUGCUGGCAGAUUACGGGCCUCCCAUUGCUGCUGCCAGGCCCGUAAUCUGCCAUGGGCCCCCGUACCGACUCCUCAUGCUGCUGCCAGGCCCGUAAUCUGUCAUGGGCCCCUGUACCGCCUCCUCAUGCUGCUGCCAG